AUGCCUCUCCUGCGCAAGCUGAUCAUCGUCGCCGCAGUCGACGGCCUAGUCCUCCACGCAGCAAACGGUCGAUCCACCAGCGGAAGCAACAAUGAAGCCUCGUCAAUCCGCAUCGACUACAAAACAAAUAAGAUAACCGCCCUACCAACCCCAACCUCAGAAUCCCUCGAAGGACAAGACGCCUUGGAAGCCCACGGCUUAAUAGGCCUAUUAUCCGUCGCCUCAUACUCCUUCCUAGUAUCAAUAACCCAGCGAGAACAAGUCGCCCAAAUCCAAAACCGACCCGUCUACGCCGUGACAAAUGUAGCCAUUAUCCCCAUCUCCUCCCAAGCAGACGCCACUCGCGCAAUCGCCCAAGCUGGAAAAGAUACAGUACAGGAGAUCCUUUCGCUUGAUUCUUCGGAUGAUGACGAAGACGAUCUACCCGAUAAUGAAACUGACCGUGCGGAAGCCGAGAUCGGUAGCUUGCCUGCGUCCCCGACUCGUGAGACACAUCAUGCCCGCGGUGCUAGUGUUGGGAGUAUUGCGGAAGACGUCAUCGGCAAGAGAGUGAGGUUUGGUCGCUUUGCGGCUAAUUGGUUGUCACGCAAGAAUCUUGGUUUGCCGAGACCUGGGGCUAUGGAACAGGAUAUUCCUGCUUCUAGUCCUGAUUCGGCUGCUGCUCAAGCUCAGACUCAGGCUUCGGCUCAAGUGGCCAAAUCACCUUUUGAUGAUGAUGUGUCUAGCCCCUCCGGUGAGGCCCGCGGUGCAAAGGGCGAGCUUCUUUCUUUGCAGGCAGAUAAGCCUGAUGCAGCUGGUGAUUUGGACUCUGAUCGACUGAAAUCCGAUCAGGCUACUGAUCUCUUGCCGAAGCUGCUGAGAUAUACACGGCUUCUGUUUGCUUCGCGCAACUUCUUCUUUUCUUAUGAUUAUGAUCUUACACGGUCUGUUUAUACACAGGAAGCGCGGAAGGAUUUACUUCCGCUGCAUAAAGUUGUUGAUCCGUUGUAUUUCUGGAAUAGACAUUUAAUGAGUGCUUUCAUUGAGAAUGGAGCUCAUGGGUUUGUUUUACCGCUUAUCCAGGGCUUUGUUGGUCAGCGUGAAUUUACCAUUGCUGGCACUGAGAAGUCAUCGGAGGAACUUGCGGGAGGUAAAAUUCUCGGCGAGAAGCACGAGGCAGAGGCUGUUAAAAUCGAUGCCAACAAGCGUGAUUAUCUUCUGACACUCAUUUCUCGCCGCUCUGUUAAUCGGCCGGGUCUUCGUUACCUACGCCGUGGUAUUGACGACGAGGGUAAUACUGCCAAUACUGUUGAGACUGAGCAGAUUCUUUCGGUUCCUGAUUGGAAUCCGUCUCGGCCUGCCUAUUCUUAUAUGCAAGUGCGAGGCUCAAUCCCGUUGUAUUUCUCUCAGUCGCCAUAUGCUUUGAAGCCGAUUCCUGUGUUGCAUCAUUCUGCGGAUACCAAUCUCCUUGCUUUGGGCAGACACUUCCGGGAGUUUAGUCGGAGGUAUGGUAAGAUCCAGGCUGUUUCCCUCAUUGACAAGCUCGCCGGUGAGCUGAAGCUGGGAGAGCAAUACGAGAGAUACACAAAAUCCUUCAAUGAAGCCGGCGGCAUUGAUGGCACUCCAGUGAACCUGGAAUGGUUCGACUUCCACCGUGAAUGCCGCGGAAUGAAGUUUGAGAACGUGUCUCGUUUGGUUGACCGUCUGAAAGACACACUGAACGAGUUCUGCUACACAAUAAUCGUCGACAACGAUAUUCUGCAGACCCAAAAGGGUAUCAUGCGAACCAACUGCAUGGACUGCCUCGACCGCACGGGCGUCGCCCAAUGCGCCUUUGGACAAUGGGCGCUCGAACACCAACUUGAAAACGAAGGCAUAGACAUCGACUUCGGCGGCGAUUCCUCAACCCAAUGGUUCAACACACUAUGGGCCGACAACGGCGACGCAAUCUCAAAGCAAUACUCCUCAACAGCUGCCCUUAAAGGCGACUACACCCGCACCCGCAAACGAGACUAUCGCGGCGCCCUCAACGACCUAGGCCUCACCCUGUCGCGCUACUACAACAACAUAGUAAACGACUUCUUCUCACAGGCCUGCAUAGACUACCUCCUAGGCAACGUCUCAACACAAGUGUUCGACGAAUUUGCCAUCCAACUCCAAACAACAGACCCAGGAAUCUCAGUCCAAAAGCUCCGCCAGAACGCCAUCGACACAAGCUGCAACAUCGUCAUCUCAAGUCCCUCAGAGGACUUCCUCGGCGGUUGGACUAUGCUCACCCCCCGCCAGCCAAAUACCCUCCGCACAUUCCCCUUCGAGGAAUCCGUCCUCCUGCUCACAGAUGCGGCAGUCUACAGCUGUCGCUUUGAUUGGGAGACUGACAAAGUCCUCUCAUUCGAACGCAUUGAUCUCCGCUCCAUUUCGCGAAUCCAUUACGGCACCUACAUCACCUCGAUCCUGACGGAUAGCCAAGCAAACGAAUCAAGCAAUGUCGGCCUCGUCAUCGUCUACAGAGACGGCGAUACAAAUGCCCUCCGUGUCAACACGCGUUCACUUCAAAGCGACGUGAACAUGUCCACACUGGAGACAACAGCCAGCGCAAAUAGCGAAUGGGAUCUUGUUUCCUGGCUGCGCGGUGUGAGGAGGGCCACGACGCGCUUCGUUGCGUUCAAGGGAUUGCCUUUAUCUACGUCUGUUGCUAGUCCGCGCCUUGGUCCGACGGCCGCUGCGGUGAAAGAGAUUGAUCGUGUGCGCUCUAUUGCGCAGGAUAUUGAGCGUGCUAUGGUUGCUGGUGAGGGGAGGACUGUUGAAGGGCAUUCGGCUGUUGAGGAGUCUGAUAUUAUUUCGUUGGCGGAUGCUAAGAAGAGAACUGGUUGGUUGGAGUAUUUGGUUUAUGAUUUGAAGAAGAUGGUUUGGGCUUGA